AUGGCCACCCAGGACAACGCUGGCAUCCCAUUGACGCAUGCUCACAAUGGACUGAAUUAUAAGCUCUUGGAGUUGCCUCCGGAGCUAUUAGCUUUGCUCGAAGCUGACGACGCUCCUGUCCUGACUCUCGAAUCGUCAGCAAAUUCAGCCCUUAUCAAGCAUGGGGAGAAGACCUGGGGAUUGCGGCAGAAGAACACAUCAAACGCCCUGAUGCUGCUGAGCCCUGGCGAGACCACGACAGACUCGUCACAAAUCCCAGAGCCUGGACUCAAGGCCAUAGCGACAGUCCACGAUACUAUAGAGCUCAUACCUCAGGCCAGCACCAGCAUAGCACCAGCUACUAAAGGCAAAUGGCAUGAGAAGUUCGCCAAAGGAAGAUGA